UGUCCUGCAGCCACCCGGGCAGCCCCCACAGCCCCCCACAGUGCAGCAGGCAGAUGCCGAUUGUCCCCUGGUCAGCGAUCACGGGCUGCCACACGGGUGGGAGGUGGUGGGGCGCGGCUGUUAAUGUGUAACCKGCACCGCCACCUUUCACCGGGUCGGGCGGAGCGGGGCCGGGGCGCAGCCGGGCCGGAUCCCGGGCUCUGCUGUCUGCRGGGCCGGCGUGCGGGGACUCGGUGCCGGCCUGAGCCGUGCGGCCGCGGCCACACCUCGCCCGGCACGGCCGGCUCUGCCGGCUUCCCAGCUUUCCCCGAGACUUGUUUUUCUGCCCGGAAGUUUCCUGGAGCCAAAUGGCUCCUACCUGCCUACUCUGCGGAAUUUGUAGCCUUCUCUGCGUCUGGUCAGUGGUGAUGGGACACCCCUGCAGCCUCGACCACCAGGGAUGGGCCGACUGCAGYGGGAAGAGCCUUCAGCAUGCUCCAAGUUCUCUUCCAAGAAACAUCACUAGUUUGGAUCUCUCCUUCAACUCCUUGGUCAUGCCCCGUCACAGGACUCUCUUGAAGCAUUUCCCUUCUCUGCAUUCUCUCAACCUUUCCAGUAAUGCCAAGCUCACGCUGAGCCCAGCAGCCUUCUCCAACCUUGGGGCACUGCGUCUGCUGGACCUGAGCAGCUGCGGCAUCACCUACAUCCACAUGGACGCUUUCACGGGCCUGGGAAACUUGCACACACUGCUCCUGAGAAACAACAGCUUGCAAGAGCUUGAUGUCCCCUUCCUUUUGCCAUUGAAGGCUCUUUUCCRCCUGGACCUGCAGCACAAUGCUCUGGUCUCUGUGGACACCUGGAGCCUUCAGCUGAUGGAGACAGUCCCGCAGGUCCUUCUGGAAGGGAACCCCUGGGUCUGCRACUGCAGCGUGCACCCUCUGCAGCAGUGGCUGCAGCGCAGGCGAGCUGUGCAGGUGACCUGCGUGUCGCCCCCAGGACUGAGGGGCCAGGAGAUUGCAGCUCUGGAUUCUCAGGACCUGGGCUGCCAGACUAAGCAGCGAUUUGUUCGUGAUGUCAGCACGACACAGCAAAUCACCGUGACCGAGAACAGCACCACUGCACUGCCUGCCGGGAAGGCAGGAAGAAGCUGGCCAUACCUGGUGGGAUUCCUAGCGACAGCCAUCGGCAUCUCCAUCCUGAUCGCGCUGGCUGCCAAGUGCAAGCUCGCCCACAAGAACUUUGCCAGCUACCGCCACCGGCCACUGCCUGAAAUCAGCUCCAUCGGAGGCAGCCCCCUGGAGGAUAGCAGCAGUUGGGACAGGGGCUCCUAUGGGAGAGAUUCCAUACCUGAUGUUGCCGACCUGCAAGCUGAGGAUGAUGAUGGCUUCAUCGAGGACAACUACAUCCAGCCCAGCGAGCAGCUGCCAGCAAAAGCGGAGYGAGAAUUGCAUCGCUCCAUCUGAACUUACGAGCUUAGAACUCAGYCACCACUGCUGCAGCCUCUUGCUGUCUCCCGAGCUCCACCCCCUUCCUACCUGCCCUUGGCUUUUGGCCCCACGUCUUUGGGGRCAGGAAGAAAGGAGCAGAGAAGAGGGCAGAGAGGGAUGGGCUGGGAAUGGUGAUGGAGACUGAAGGCAGCUGGUCCCAGAGUGUCCCAGCAUGACACCAGUAGUCYGUGCUGUCACAAGGACACCAAACCAGCUGCUGCUUUCCCGGCCUUACUCGGAUGCUGAGGAUAAAGGAGGUGGUGCCCCUUGCGCCUGGGAAGCYUGGGGACAGUGGGAAGAAGAGCCUGCCCUGGUCUUGGGUGCUGGCCCCUGUGCCCCAUGGUGCCAGACCCAGCCCUGCUCUGACCCUCAGUGCAUUAUCACUCCAAAGUGUGAUUAAAGCGUGAUUUGGCCCUGCCUGUGCCUGCAGUGGUUUGUUGGGAAUYGCCCAGUGGCAGUGCCCAGGAGGAGACCCCAGCCUCACAGCUGGGCUGUGGCUUUUUUACAUGUGCUUCCAAUGAUCAUUAAUACAUUCCUCUAACUGUGGUGGUGAGAGAACAAUAUGUGCUCUUGUCCAAACAAAUCUUUCACCUGCUGUGGUGCAGGCAGCCCUGGUGCAUCAUCAGAGUUUCUGUGCAUGUCUCUCCAGCACUGGGUCCCACCACAGCCCUUCCUUCUUUCCUCUCUUCYCUCUCCAGGAAGAAAAGCUGAAAGAUCCUUACCUUUCCUGUCAGCUCUGCAGAGCUGAGCAAACUCAUCAGUGGUGCCAGUUGCAGUGCCAGGCACAUUCACUGGGGCAAAGCAACCUUCUCCCCCAGCAGCCAUUACAGAGCCAUUCCCACGUCUCUUUAACUGUGGAGUUGUACAAAUGUAAUAAUUUUUACAUUCCUGUCAUCUUUGUGGUACCAUGAACAGCACAUGAGCCAYAGGUAACUGCAAGUUAUUUCUGCUGGAGUCAGUUGCGCCUUCAUGGGUUACGCUGGAGUUAAAAGCAGGGAGCAGCAGUGGCAUUCACCUUUAGUACAUGAUUCAUAAGGCUGCUACMAACCUGGUUGGGAAGAUUUCCCAGGGCACAGCCCAGUCAUUACCAUCCCUGAUAGCUUGGGAGUCUCUUCCUCAUGCUCCAGAGCAUGAGGUAUCAACACAGGACAACAUUUCUCAAAGCUCUGCCACCCAGCKGAUUCCCCCACCUCCUUCCAAUCUCUAUUUCACUGUUAACUGCCUUUCUAUUUCUCCACUCAUUGAAGCAUUUACAGUGUAUAAAAAAGUAAAUAAUACACCUCAGAGAAUGUAAACCAAAGAGGACAGAUGGGUCAGGCAUUGGAUGGGUGACACAGGCCAGAGAGCAAAUGCACCACUUGAAGCCAUGCGGAGGAGGAAAACCUGCUGGCUUCUUUCAGUGGUCAGCRAGCUUUUGCUCUUAAAUGCCAUAUUUCUAAAUGGAACUUUAUUUUUUUAGUUACUGUCUCAUGGUUUGCCCUCCAGGCUCAUCAGCUACCCAUGAAAAUACACUAUAUACUGUAAUUUUUGAAAAUCUCUAAUAUCUUUUGGGUAAGAGAAAUUUAAAUUUGAGGGCUG